CUCGGCCGGCAUCCGCUGCAGCAGCGUUGGACACACAGCGGGAAUUGCCGUAGCCUUGCGCCAUGGCGUCUCGGUAUGACCGGGCAAUCACUGUGUUCUCCCCAGACGGACACCUUUUUCAAGUGGAAUAUGCCCAGGAAGCGGUGAAGAAAGGAUCCACGGCGGUUGGAAUUCGAGGUACUAAUAUAGUUGUGCUUGGGGUCGAGAAAAAGUCUGUUGCCAAGCUUCAAGAUGAAAGAACUGUGAGGAAAAUUUGUGCCCUUGAUGACCAUGUCUGCAUGGCUUUUGCAGGACUGACUGCUGACGCUAGAGUAGUAAUAAACAGAGCCCGUGUGGAGUGCCAGAGUCAUAAGCUUACAGUUGAGGACCCAGUCACCGUAGAAUAUAUAACUCGCUUCAUAGCAACCUUAAAGCAGAAAUACACUCAGAGUAAUGGACGAAGACCUUUUGGUAUUUCUGCCUUAAUUGUAGGUUUUGAUGAUGAUGGUAUUCCAAGAUUAUAUCAGACUGAUCCCUCUGGUACUUACCAUGCUUGGAAGGCAAAUGCAAUAGGCCGAAGUGCUAAAACUGUCCGAGAAUUUCUAGAAAAGAAUUACACAGAAGAUGCUAUAGCAAACGACAAUGAAGCUAUCAAAUUAGCAAUAAGAGCUUUGCUAGAAGUUGUCCAGUCUGGUGGAAAAAACAUUGAACUUGCUAUAAUAAGAAGAAAUCAACCUUUGAAGAUGUUUAGUGCCAAAGAAAUUGAAUUACAAGUAACUGAAAUAGAAAAGGAAAAGGAAGAAGCAGAGAAGAAAAAAUCAAAGAAGAUUGCCUAAUUCUUAGGAUGAGCGCUAGGAGUUUUUAAUGUUUUGUUGUACUCCUUGGCAUUAUUUAGUGAAGUUUUAAAGGAAAUAAGUUGAUUUGUGGCAUUACAUUUAGUUGUUAUGUGCUGUUUUGAGAAUGCCACAUUUCUGGCUGUCUUCAGUCUACUACAUGGACAAAUAUACAUUAGUAGGAAGAUUUUCUUUGAAAAGAGAUUUCAGUAAUUGUUGAAAGCAGUCAAUUCCACAUAAGCCUGAGACUGUACUUUAUGACUUGUUGUCCAGUAUAUUACUUUUCUUCAUAUAUGCAAAUUUAAUUAAGAAAAAAAUUUUAAUUAAAAAAUUAGUAAUUUGAUGACAUUUGAGUAUUGACCGUCAGGUAAAAAGAUAGCUAUUCCAAAAUAAACUGAAUAUAAUAUUGAGUUCCUUUUUAGAUGCAUGAUAAAAAUAUCCUUGUAUUGGUGAAUUGCCAAAAUUUUGUCAGCUUUCUUCAUUUUUAAGUAUUUUGUCAUAUUUAUUUUGCCUUUGUCAUUUCAUAAGUUGUAGUAUAUCAUUUUGUUCAUGGAACAAAUUUUAAAAGCCUAAUCCAAAUAGGCAAUUAAAAUAAAGUGUGGUAGGAGCUUAUAAGGACAUCUGAAUAUAUGAAAAUAAGGAGAGAAAUGAAUACAUUUAAUUCAUAGUUUCAAUUUUAAUUUUAUCUUAAGUAUGUCCAGUGUGUUAGGUUUGUUACAUGUUCCAAUCAGAUAUCUAAGUGCUUACUAUGUGCUUGCAUUGUGCUAGACUUAUUGGGAAUAAUAAAAGAAAUAUAAAAAGUUAAUCCAAAUGGCCCACAGAAAGAAUGUGUUUAAUGCCUGUAAUGAGGUUAUAUUUUUGAAAACA